AAGUUGACUUUAUAACUAAUUAAUUAUAUUAUACUACAUCAUCAUCAUCAUCAUCAUUUUCUUGUUGAAUUGUUACUUGAGUGUUCACACACACAUACAUCCUCUAUAGUCUAUUCUAUUCUUUUUGGUUUCUGGAAACAUCUUCCCUUGUAUUCUGAAUAAUCACAUGAAAUGAAAAUGAAAGACAAAAAAGCAAAAAUCCCUCUUAUUUUCCUUUUUAUGCUGCUGCUGCUGCUCUCAUUAUUAUUAUUAUCUUCUUUCUCAUCUCUUCCACCUUCCACAUUUUCAUUCCCUUCUUCUUCAAGGAGAAGCCUGAAGAAGAACAAGUCAAUCAGUGAUGUUGAUGAAAAGAUGUGGAUGCAGCAUCAUGAUUUCCAGAAGAAAGAGAGAAUGGACAUAGAAAUAGCAGACUACACAGGGACUGGUGCUAAUAACCACCACGACCCUGGUUCCCCACCCGGUACUACUACCUGAUUCCAAAUCCCAUCCCAUCCUCUUUACUUAUGGGUCGGGUCGGGUUGGGUUUAAUUUGCUCUUCAAUUAUUUAUUUUGUAUUUACAACACCAAUUAUAAAAGCCGGCCUUUUCUCGAUUCAGCGCAGCCACAUACAUAUUUAUUCACCUCAUUACUUAAUUACUUGCUUCAUUACUUUAUUCUGUAUACUUUUAUUAUCGGUUUCUUGCUCAUCGUUCAUAUAUCAUACUUACUUGUUCUAUCCUCUACGUCUUAACUUCGACUUUGAAAUUUUUAAUUCCUUUUUGA